CCCAUAAAACCUCGGCAGUUGACUAUAAUAAAGACGUGGUAUAUGAUUCAGUUACAAUUUUAUCGUCUGACGCGAUAAAAAUUAUGCAUUUUUGCUUAAAAUUUUAAUUUGUUAUAGUUUAUUUUUACAGCUCUUUUAUCUCGGCCAGCAGAAACAGAACGAAAUCAUAAAUUUUCGGUAAAAUGCACCGACGGUAGCAAAUUAAAAAUCUGGAAUGAAUAUACAUAAUGAUGAAAUUGAGAUUAUUUAUGUCGCCACAAAACAUACUAUUAGUGGUUUCUAUCAUAUUAAUUGAAACUGUUUCUAUUGUUCAAAAGGAGGAUGAUAUGAAGAAAGUGUUAUUAGAUUCAGUGCGCCUUGGUCAGGAGGAGGCAUUAAAAUCAGCGUAUUUCGAUACAUACAAAUCAACACCAAAAAAGCCAGAUAGGAUGAGUUUUUUCGGAUUUGUGAAUAGUCUGUUUUCAAUAUUAAAUUAUAAAAAAAAAUAUUUAAAUGUCUUUUUAGGUGCUUUCAAGAGGACAAACAAAUACGCGUGUUACGUGAGAGAGGCUAUUAAUGAAAACUUGGAGUGUUCCCUUCAGUGCCUGAAAUACUUGUACAAAUGCGAGAAUUUUCUUUGAAAAACCACUCCGUUUUUGCCAAGAGGAUACUAAUUAUUGUUUUCAUGACUGACUUUAAAUUAUGUUUAGGUCUGACAAUAAACCGCGAUGAAAAAGGCA